AUGGCUGGACCAAUCAGUGAGAUGGCCAGCGUCAAGCUGUUGGAAUUGCCACGAGGCACCACGGCAGGAUGGAUGCUACAAACAUCAUUCCAGGCGAAGGAUGCAUCGGUGCAGAUGCCUCCAGUGAUGCCUUUGCCACCACCACCAUCGGCUGCGGCGGCCCAGUGGGCCCAGCAUGCCUACACCGCCAGCACGCAGGCUGUGGCGGCUAAGGCUGCAGCAGCCAAAGCUGCCGAGGUGGCGGCAGCCCAGGCUGCGGCCGCACAGGCAGCGGCCACGCAGGCGCAGGUGGCGCAGGUCAGUGCGCAGCAGGCCGCAGCUGCACAAGUUGCGCAGUCCUUGGGCUACAAUGUGGCUCCCGUUGGCGUCCCCACCGCAGCUGCUUACGGGGAUCUACCUUCCGCUGCGCCGCCAUAUGGUCUCAGCUCUCCCAACCCCAUGCCAGCUUCGCUGGCAUCCAUGCACCCGCUUUGGAUCUUGCCGGCGGCCCUUGCCGCAUCUUUCUUGGAAGGAGCUCGACCCGGAUCAAAGCGUGUGCAGGGAGAGUUCCUGCCGUCGGUUCCCGCGGACUUCAUCAGCGAAAGCUCAAAGCAGUGCUUUCGGCGAGAGCAGGUCCCGAGCCUGUCAGAGGAGGCUUGUGCGAAGUGA